UUUCAGUUCUUAUCAUUGCCUGUUGUUUCGUGAAAGCUUUACAUGGCCUUUACUGCUUGCAGUGUAACGAUGUUCCCAGUGCUCGAGAUUGCGAUAUAGUCAAAAAAUGUGGACCUAAUGAGGUGUGCUAUUCAACACAAAUUGUAUCAAGUACCGGACAUAUAUACAGGAGAAUGGGCUGCCGGGAAAAAAUGCAAUGUACGAGUGGGAUAGUGGGUAAGAGAUCGAGUACAAGGAGAGCUGGCGAUCUUCCAGUGUGUGAUGGAUGCUGCGAUUCGUCGUUCUGUCAGGCAAACCUUUGUCAAGACCAAGGCUUUAACAAAGACCGAGGACCAAUUUGUUUUAAAUGCGACCAUGUGGCGAAUGGAGGCAACUGCACACAAAUAACUGAAUGUGGGCGAGAUCAAACAUGUUAUUCGGGAUAUACACACUCUCCAGGGGGAAGUAAUUUAAUGACACAGUUAGGCUGUUAUUCUAAAACUGCAUGUGAUCGUCUGAAAGCAAGUAUUGGUACCGUGCAUUCUGCAUCCUCAUGCUGGGACUGUUGUAGCACUGAUCUCUGUAAUACCGGAUGUGGGACACAGACUGCCUCUUUCUCAACUAAAGUCCCCGUCACACAAAAACCUACUGCGGCAACUCAUUGCGUUGACACAACCCCAUCUUCAACAUGCAAACUUGCCGCAUCAAUCGUAUGUCAAGAUAAGGCACAUGCACAGAAUGCUGGCUGUAUGCACUCUUGUGGUUAUUGUUAAGUGUAAUGAAAUAUAUAUAAUGAUUAGCUACAACUGAAAUAAAAGUUUUCA